AUGGAAUCAUUAAGAGUUGCUAUAAUAGGGGCUAAUGGUAAGACUGGCCGUCUUUUACUGAGCCAAAUAUUAAAAGAGCAACAGAAACGAGAAGGUGAUAAAGUUUGGCAAAAUCCCGUGGCCAUUGUUCAUGCGGAUGAACAAGCACGUCAUUUAAUGGAUGAGUAUCAUGUGGAUUCAUAUGUGUUUGACUUGGAAAAAGCGAGCGUGGAUGAUCUAUGUAGUAUACUUCGGAGUACAGGAGUCAAUGCGUGUGUUUUUACCGCUGGAGUUGGGACGCACGGUGGCAUCGAUCAAUUGUUUACUGUGGAUCUUGAUGGAUGUAUUAAGGUUGUAGAGGCAUGUGAAAAAGUGGGGGUUCAAAGAUUUAUUCAUGUUUCAGCAAUUAGGAUUGAAGAUAGAGAGUUCUGGUGGAAUUUGGAAGGUUUAAAAAGUUAUUUUAUUGCUAAAAGAUCGGCAGACCAUUUUGUAAAAAGUUCUUCAUUGGACUUUACAAUUUUACAACCUGGUUGGUUACAUGUUGGAGAAGGUACCGGAAAGGUUUUACCUUUGGACAGAAUCAAUGAGAAGAGCUCGGAGGGAUAUUCUCUAAAAAGAGAAGAUUUAGCCAGUAUGAUUAUUCAAUGUUUAUUACACCCAGAAAAGACAUCCAGAAGAACCAUUUGUUUAGCUAAUGGAGAUCAGCCCAUUGAUAAGUUUAUGGCAUGCUUAUGA